GUUCGAAACGAUCAGAGCAAAAAAUUAUUUAUUAAUCAAACAUUUUCCAUUUGUUAUAUUUUUAUUGGCAAGCAGACAAUUGUUGAAAUUUAACGAAAUUAUUCAAAUAUCUAGCGUUUAUUUGUAAAAAUUUUUUUCGAUAUCAAAAACAAAAACAAGUUAUCAGCAUUUGUUGAUGGGAUUUCGGUAUCAGGAACUAAAAGAUAGGGGGGACAGCAUAGAACUUGAGCGCAAGGAAAGCUAUACAACCGAACGCAGUCACAACGGUUAUAUUAAACGACAUAAGACCGUAUUACGAGAACGAUUUCCACACCCGAAUGCGAAGGAAGCGCGCAAGCAGCAGAAACAACGAACAAAGCGCAACGCCUUCACAACAACACAUAUACCAGAAACAGCAUCGGAGCGCAACACCACCACCGAAACAUUUGGUAAUUCGCCGGAGAGUGGCGCCUUAUUGACGACUUGCCGUGACAAAUCGCACCUGGAACGCGCAGUCAACCGCACUUCGGUGCAGUUGAAGCGUUUGGCGCAUGAAAUUGAUAAUGAAAUUACGAAACUGAAACGGGAAAGGGACAAACUAAUGUUCAGAUCGCGUCCACAUCCGUUGAUGCGCAACGCUGCCAUACAAAACGAUCUACACGCGAAUAUCGAAUCGUGGGACAAACUGAAGGAUUUGGAGACACAGCUAGCCAAUAAUAUCGAGUUUACGAUUGAAAAAUUCUCGAGCCAGCAUAAAUUCGUGUGCACAUCACCGCGUUACGCGCGUGACGAGCAAACCUCGUGUCGGCCGCGCAUGCGCACAAUUGGCCUGCAGAAGGAAACGCAACGCAGCGCGGUUGAGGAAAAUUUGCAAAAUAUUAAGACCAAACUCAACGCAGCUAUACAUUACUCGGCCACCAAUCUGGACAGUUUAAAGACAAAGGGAUUACUCGAUACGGCACCGCCCAAUUGCUAUGCCUUCGACUAUGGAGGCACGGGCGAUGGUAAAAACGCUGUGAAUGUUUAUCACUUGCAGAAUUGUCGUUGCGCUGGCGGUUGCAAUGAUUGUAAUUGCACGAAAACUUGCGAACGCUACAAAAGCGUCGGCAAUUACAAUGGCAUGUUAUGUAAUAAAAGUACCUAUGUGGAGAAGGCGCUUACGCCAUGUAAUGAGUAUAACUACUGUCGAGAUGAAUACCACUAUAAUUAUCCGUCGCAGAAUAAAUGUGUAGUGCCGGCGACAAAUCAAUCUUGUGUACCCUGUUCGCCAUGUGUGCCAUCAUAUCAACCCUGCCAGCCAUGUCGGCCUUGCCAGCCAUGCAUACCGUGUUUGCCGCCUUGUCCAGCCUAUAGUGAGUGUCAGCCAGCCAAACCGAAGGAAAAAGUUAUCUAUGGCAGGCGUGUGAGUGACUUAAAUACAGAAGAUUUCUACCAUCCCACCGGUUCACAUGCCACACCAAAAUCAUAUAAACAUGGCAGUACAGGGCACUCUAAGAACAAAGAGCGUUUGACAGUCGAUGUACCGAAGAAUGGACGCACACUUGUUGAUAUUGAAAGAAGUGGCGAUCGCUCGCGCAGCAAAACCCGUCGUAAAAACGAGAGCGAAGAUAAGGGAAAACAGCGCACUUCGAAAGCUUAUGACAUCUUUUCUGCGCGCGAAGCGCAUGAAAAGCGUCAGGCACGCGAGCGUAAGCCACGUCAGGUUCACGGAAGUGAAUCGUCGGGUAGUGUCGACUCCUCGGAGAAGACACGUCUAAUGAAGAGCAAAGAAAAACUGCUAGAAAUAACCUUUACGAAGGAGAGACGUCACAGGCCUUCGUCUGAGUCAGAUGAAUGUAUUACGUAUGAGCUGCCCAAAACAAAUCGUGAGUACUCACGUGAGACAAAACGCUCUUUGAAACAGAUGACAAUAACUGCAUACAAGCCCUGUAAACCGGGGGAAAGUGAAGGCAAAUCUGAUUUAGACCGAAAGAAGAAGCAAAAGAACAAAGGACUAGUUGCUGAUGACGAUAAAACGUGGGAUGUACGAUUGAGACAAACGGACUAUCCACUUGAACAAGAUGAGUGGCAUGCUGGCGUUCCUACUAUUGAAGAAGUUUACGAUGACUACCGUGUUGGUGAUACCUAUGCUGGUGAUGAACCUAAACUCAUACAGGAACCCACUGAACCGCAAUAUAUGGGAGGUUAUAGAGAUUUUUUCCAGGUGACACCUCAGCGAAGCUAUGACAUAAUGCCGGUACAAAAAAAUACAGUGCGAGACCUGCCGCCAUCUCAAAGCCCCGAACGUGGACGGCGUAUACAACGAGAAAAACCGCCGAGGCUUAGUGGUAGACCAGGUGGAUCAUAUGAAAGAGAACGAACUGUUAGCGGCACUGCACGAGAAGGACAACCUAGAAUUGGGCGCGACAAUAGGCAACGUGAAUCGUAUGAUAAAGAGAAAUCAGAAGUAUUUAGAGCAUAUGGACUUGAACAAAAACCCAGAUUAGAUGACGGCUACAGACCUGUUGUAAAGCAAGAUACUGUGAGGAGCAAUGGGCGAACUUACGAUGAGCGGCGGUCGCCAAGCGACUAUGUUUCGCCAAGGCAACGUGAAAGACGUGACUCAAACAUUUCGCAAGAUGACACUUAUGAACGUAAAUUCACGUCGAGCACACCUCGUUCCGCACGUGACCAUGAGCGUGGUAUUAAAUCAGAUCAAACGUAUGACCCUCGUGGUCUACCGCGUAAAGUUUAUGAUGAACCAAGGUCUGCGCAAAUGCCGAGUAGAACUUACACUCCAGAUGAAACACCACGUUCGGCACGCUAUGAACCGCAUAGUACAACAUCACCCCAGAGUCCGUCACGUAGGAUUCACGACCCUCUUGCUUAUACUGCUGAUGUGAAAACUCAUUUGGCUCGGGACUUGGGACCGGACGAUAACGUAAAAUUUGAAGGAUUUUCGCCCUCUCACUCCCGUGUUGAGUAUGGAAAGCGUGAAAAAAAGUAUACAAGAGACAAUAUAAGUGAUUCAGACCAGAGAGUUAUGAAGGAUCCCCAACAAACAAGUGAUAUAAAAUUUAAAAAGGAAGAUGAUUACAAUGAGAGAGACGAUACUUUAAUGCAGAAUGAACAACUAACAGAUUUAGGCUUCUCAACUAAAAAACCAGACAUUUCGGACGCAGAAAUGAAAUUCAAAGCAGAUACAGAAAUGACAGACCGUUUGCAUAUAGGUGAGUUGAGUCAUAAAACAGACAGUAAGGCCAUUAAGGCUGAGGGUUCAGCCAGUAAUAAAAGAGCUGAUAGCCCCAAGGCUAGCACUCCACGUAUGGGAAAGGCACCUGGUACUGAUAGAGCAUUUACUGGAAGUGAAGAGAUAUUUGAAAAUAUAUCACCAGUACCAGAAAUUAAAAUUGAAGAUACAGACGAAAGCGGUAGAAGUGCACCGAGUGGAAGAGGGGAAAGCGCCGUAAUUAGCUUACGCGAGCAGGCUAAAUUAGCCAUUGAAGGUGAAAUGUCGCAGGAACCAGAACAAUUAAGAUCUCCAAAGUAUAAAGAUCGUGAUAAAUUGGGGCAGUUGGUUAUGCCGCAGGAACCAGAACACUUAGGAUCUUCACAGUACAAACCCCAUGACAAACUGCGACAGUUGGAUAGUCGCAGCCAGCCAGAACAAAUAAGAAGUAGUCCGGUUAGAAAACAAGACAUCUAUGAUGGUACGGUAAAAGGUGGAGGCUUUGCUAGAUCAGACACAGCUGGCGUCAUGGGUGGGUCUGCAAGUCCACUAAGUCCCUUUCCAAGCCUUGAGACGCCAAAAAUUUAUAUGAAACCACGAGCAUUAUGCACCGAUUACGGUACCGCAUGUUUUCCUCCAACUGAAGACGAUUGUGCUAAGAGGACCAGUCUACGUGGCAACUGUGUUGCGAACGCCGGCGAUGUUUAUAUGUGUAAGCCAUGUACUACACAGGCAACUUCGCCAUCACCGUCUCCACGCCGAUGUUUAUGUCCAGCGGAAAGUGGUAGUGAAAUUCCUUACGAGAAGCUAGGCGAUCAAUACGAACAUUCGCCGGUACGCCAAUUAGCUACUAACUCCCAUAUGGCCGUAGCGCUACAGUCAGACGCCGCAGCGGCCAAUUAUAAACCAUUACCUCAACAAAAUUUAUCGAAAAGCUGCAUAACAUUGCGCUCGACCGGAACACAGUACUCCGCAACAAUUAUUGAACAAAAGGAAGAACGCUGUGCACCGCAGUAUGUGCCACUUCCGAAAGAAUGCAGUGAAAUAUAUGCGGAUGGAGCGACGAAUUCUCCUGCGCCAUCUAUAUGCACAUGUGACUCCUCGCGUCGAAAUAAUAAAUCGCCUCGCUCAAGUCCGGAUAGUACGAAAAAGAAGUAUGAGUUUCUAUGCGAAGAAAACAAUGAGAAUGAUGAAAAGGUGCAACCAAAAAAUGAUGAACAGUGGUGUGGUAAAGUAGAAAUAAAUUCGGAGAAAAGACAAAUUUUCUAUGCGCAACAAAAACACAAAUCACCUACUCAAUGUACAGAUGAGAAUAACUAUUUGUUACCAUGGCAGCAGGAUGAAAAAUUUAUACCGGGCCAACCAGUAAGUAGUUGCAAUAUGGCACCUUGGCCAGAUGGACCAAUGAAGUUCUUGCAAACGGUACAAACAAGUCCGCGCUUUCAAAACUACGCGGAACGCAGAACGCCAAGGUUUAAUGCCACAAUGCCGCCGCAUCAAGAAAUGCCGGAAGAGGAAGAUAGAUGUGCGCAAGAACUGCCACAGUACAAGCCGCAGACGCGUGUGCAGUUUAUGGAGCAGUACAGCAACUGCGACCCUGCCUGCUAUGCUCCAGAUGAAGCGGUGAACCUGCAAAAUGAUGUAACAGAUUCUAUGCGCGACUAUACGCCAAGAAGACGCCUAAGUUUCGCUUAUGGUGGCGAAUACCAGCAGAUACCGGCAUUUACUGGCUGUCCAUGUAUGUUCAAAACUUAUCUAAACAUGGUGACACUUUACUAUCCCGAUUUUCGAUUACGACUGCCAGAAGAUUGUGUCGAAAUUGAGGAUGAUGAUGAUGAGUUCAAUGAAUGAUGGUGAUUUGUUAUAAUUUCGGUUGUCCCGAUGUGGCAAAUUUUUGAAGUUUGCGCACUAGUGUACUUUUUUACUACACCACUAACUUAUGUAUGUAUGUAUGUGUAUAGCUGAGAUUUGAUGAUUUGUUUUGUAAUUGUUUUUUGUUUUUGUUUUAUGAAAUCUGCGUAUAGUUUGCUCAGUUUAUGUGCUUGUUCACACUUUAUUAUUAUAAUUUUUUUGUUUGUACUAAAAACAAAAAGCAAAAAAGCAAGAAAACAAAGAAAUACGCAAGACAUUUUAUAAAAAUUAUUUAAGAGUAAAAACGGAACAAAAGUGAAAUGCAUUUUCAAAUUGUUAAGUACAAUUGCUGACCCAAAAGAGAACGAUGCUUACAACGUCUGCGAUGGAUAGCGUGGACUUUGAUCACGUGAACGCGCCUGACGGAAACGAUCGUCGGUGAGAUUGUGCCGCAGUUCCUGAUUUUGUAUAUGAUAUUCCUGCGCCAGCGUUUCUUGUUGAUGACGCCGCUGCCGUUCGGCAUCUAACUCACGCUGUAAUGUUGCAAAGACAAGCAUUUAUUAGUUAUUUGUUUAGUGAAAAUUAUUUGUUAUACACACCAAUAAAUCGUCGUUUUGCUGUCGUUGUCGCAACAAUUCCUGACUCAAUUUA